CAUACCACGACUAAUACAGCACCUUCAAAAGUAGCACCUCGCAGUCAUGGCUCGUCUACCCACCAUUGCCGCCCGCGCCCCUCCGCGCCGCAAGACGUCCUCCUCUCACCCCACCUCACAACCAGCAGCAGCCACCCACAAUGCCGUGACAAAAGCAGCCAAGCGUUCCGCCAAGAGGAGUAAAGUUCUCUCUGCUCCAUCGGGUGAGACUACGACGAGUACCGCAGAGCGACACAAGGCUUUGGGUAUAGCGCCUACCAUCUCCAAGAGCGCUCUCAGGCGACGCAAGAGGAAAUUGAGGGACGAGGCUGUGCUGGGGCAAGGCGGGCUGGAGGAGAUCAAGGGUCAGCUGGAAGAGUUGGACAGCAACGAAGACGACGACGAUGAGGAAGAAAGGGCAGUGGAUGAGGGACUGGUAGCAGAUUACACGACACCAGCAGCGUCAAUGACUCAGGCUACUCGCCCUGCCUCUGAGAAAGUGGGGAGCAAGCUGAGGAAAAGAGUUCUCGCUCAAGAAUCAAUGCGACAGCCCUUCAUCCUCAAAGACCUCUACUCAACUCAGCAGCAGGCCAGCGGUACCGGCAGCGCUACUUCCACCGUAUCGGUAGCGCCAGCGCCCUCACCCUUUGCUGCGAUCCGACGACAUGCUCAGAACUCUUUGGGUCUCACAGCGAGCAAUCCAGCAGCAACGCAAGGAGGUGACACGGUCAUGAACUAGACAGGCUUCUCGUCUUACCGUCCAAUAUACGAACGCAUGUGCUCCCAUCUGUACUUAUAUCACAAUCUAUACAUCUUAUUGCAUCAACGUCCAGACUGGGUUCCUUUCUAUGGGCCCUCACCAGCAUUGAUUCUCCUGCAGAGCUCCUUGAGUGCUCUGCCAAGAUACUCAAAGUCCUCUAGCUCCAGCCAAACCUGUGCCGAGAUGCGCGCGUAGACUUGCUUGUUGUGGCAGGUAAAGCGGAGGUA